AACGCUCGAUAUGCAUGAUUAUAUUUGUUUGUCGAAUGUAUUCACUAUAUUUCCUCCAAAAUACCUUACAGACACAAAAGAAAUCUAACACAAUCAAUGUGUAAACGUGAAAAUAAUCUGAAUUAAUUGAACGUGAAUAUUAAAUUGAAUGCUUUAGUUGCUGGACAAUUUGAAUAGCUCAAACUGAAAACAAAAAAAACAACAACAACAACAACAAUUAAAUCAUUUAAUCGGUGAGAGUGCAUAUAAAUCUUGUAGUAAAGAUUAGAAUUUAUCCGUCAAACAAAAAAGUAUUGAAAUUAUAAUCAAAUAAAAAGAAAAUGACGGCAGUCGAUGAACGAACAAUUUACGCCAAAUUGGAGGCUAUGAAAGAUAUCCGUGGAAAAACAAUCCAGUUGGAGAAGCUUAAGAUGCGACUCAUUCGCGAAGUGGAAAAUGGUGACUCGGAAGAAAAAUGCUUAUCAGAGUACAGACGUGAAAUGGAACUACUGCUGCAGGAAAAAAUGAGCCAUGUCGAAGAAUUGCGCCAAAUUCAUGCCGACAUCAAUGCGAUGGAAACAGUAAUCAAACAAGCCGAAGAGAAUCGCAAUCGUUCGGUAAACAUUGCCAAUCGCGUUCAUGAAGAAUAUUUACCAUUGAAACAUGAAAUUGAUCAUAUGCGUCGUGAAUAUCUGGGCCUAAAUCCAUUACCCGAAUUGCAUGAAGAGGAAGGAACCGUCAUAUCAGCUGACCGCUUCCAGUCAUCGUACUAUCGUUCGGCUAAGGGUACAGGCAAUACUGGCACUGCAAACAGUGGCAAUAUCGUAAAUACGCACACAACACAAUCAGCAACAUUUGCUCGUCCAGCACUGUCAGCUCAUCAUGCCACGGUUACUUCAUUGCCGCCAUCGGCUGCAUCUGGAUUCUUGGCACCACCACCGCCACCGGUCGGAAUGAGGCUGAAUAAACCAGCAGAAAUUAGCGGAACACAGAAUCGAUUGCAACAAACGUCUUCCAUCGGAAUGGCACAUCCGACGUUCAGGUCUGAUUUUAAUGUCAAUUUGAGGCAACAACCACCACCAAUGAAAUCGUGCUUAUCGUGCCAUCAGCAAAUCCAUCGAAAUGCACCAAUUUGUCCAUUGUGCAAAGCCAAGAGUCGAUCACGCAAUCCAAAGAAGCCGAAGAAGAAAGACCAUUAAACUGCACACUUUUUCUCGCAAUUUUUCAUUCUUUUUUUUUGUUGCCAAAAGAGCACAAAGUUAUCAAUUCACUUCACUGUUUUUUUACCUAAUUUGACAAAAUUAUUAAAUUAAGAAUGGCAAAGCGAAAUCGAAUAUCAAAUCCAUUUUUAAAUCAGUUAAGUUAAUUUCAAUUUUCGACUAAUCUCAAAAUCAUUAAAUUUACAAUUUUAAAUCUCACAUUUGAUUGAGAGGAAAGAGUGUUGGGUGCCGGCCUGGAUCUAGAAUCAAUAAGAAAAUGAUUUAUCUAAAUAAUCAUAGUGUUUUAAGUAUAAAUAGAAAUAUACACACCCCCUCCCCCCCCAAAAAAAAUCCAUACUGCGUAAAAUCAAUGUGCUUGCAUGUGCAUGACAGAUGGUUGAACAAAAUGGGAUGCGUGAAUCCCAGUGAAUGUGUUUACAUUUUAUUGUUUUUAAUAGAAAAAUUUGAAUAUCAUAAACACCGAAAUGUAGAAUUUAAACAAA